AUGGGUGUUCUGAACACAACUCGACUGGAUGCCUCGAACACGUUGCCUGCCCUUGCAUCGCUCGCAAUACUUAUUCCCUUAGUUGCUCUGGCACUGCGGAUCUGGAAGGCACUAUCAACCCCUCUUCGCGAUGUUCCUGGCCCACUCGCUACCAGGUUCACCCGACUGUGGUAUCUGAAGAACGUCUGGAGGGGUGACUUUGAGAAAGUCAACGCCCCAUGGUACUACGCCAGCGGUAGCCCUGAUCCGAACAUCCACAAUUUAUUCACUGAGCGCAAUCCCAAAAUACAUUCGGAGAUUCGGAGGAAAGUCGCCAAUCUGUAUUCCAUGACCACAUUGCUACAACUGGAGCCUUUUGUGACGGACGGUACCGCUCAUAUGGUGGCUAAGUUUGAGGAGUUUGCGCAGAAUCGCGUCACAGUAAAUUUCCAGCAUUUCGCCCAGUGCUGGGCUUUUGAUGUCAUUGGCCUCAUCACGCUAGCCAAAAGAUUCGGAUUUCUCGACAAAGGUGAAGACAAAGGUGGCGUAUUUGCGGCAUUGCAUGUUUACCUGCUCCACUGUGCAAAUGUCGGCAUUUACUCGGAAUGGCAUCCAAUAAUCACCAAGUUGGAACAAUUCCUGCCUGGUCCAGGCAUGUCAUUCUUGACGCAGUUCACCCAGGCCCAGAUUACCGAGCGGCUGAAUGCAACUAAGGGUGAUAGCGAACCAUCCAAAACCGGGAACGAUUUCCUAACCAAGCUUUUGAAGAUGCACGUGGAAGAUCCCUCAAAGAUCUCCAUGGCCGACAUUUUCCUCGCGCUUCUGACCAACAUCGGCGCGGGCAGCGACACAACGGCGGUCUCACUUGCAGCAAUCAUGUUUUAUUUGAUUAAAAACAAGAGCCUGUAUAAGAAGUUACGCGCCGAAAUCGAUGCAAAAGUCUCUGAGAGGCCAUCCCCAGACGAUGUCAUCACGUUCGCUGAAGCCCAGUCCAUGCCUUACCUGCAAGCUUGUAUCAAGGAAGGCCUUCGGAUGCAUCCCGCCACGGGCCUGCCAUUGGCUCGUGUCGUACCAAAAGGAGGAUCGACCAUUUGUGGAAGGUAUUUCCCUGAAGAUACGGUGGUAGGUGUGAACACCUGGGUCGCACACCGAAACAAGAGUGUCUUCGGCCAAGACGUCGACGUGUUCAGGCCAGAACGUUGGCUUGAGAGUCCGGAGAAAGCAUCGGCGAUGGAGAGGUACUUUAUGGCGUUCGGAAUCGGGUCACGAACCUGCAUCGGCAAGAACAUCAGCCUGCUGGAGAUCUCCAAGCUAGUACCAGAGUUGGUCCGACGAUUCGACUUCGAGCUAGCCAAUCCUGCGGAAGAGCUGCAGACACACAACGUUUGGUUCGUCAAGCAGACGAAUAUCUUCGUCAGAGUGGCAAAGAGAGAGGUAUAA